UGUCUUGAAAAAGGCCUCAUCCAUAUCAUAUGAUCUGGGCCAUCUCAUCUGUAAAAGUAAAACUCCUUCAUUCUCUACAGACUACAGGGUUGAUUAAUUUAUGUAAUGUUACUCCUCGAAUUCCAAAGCUGAUUACUAUUUAUCGGAAAGUAGAAGAGCAAGUGAACUGGAUUGAAGUGAAGGGAAGGGGGAUGAAUGCGAAUACAGCACUCCCUCUAACCAACAUUACCACUAGCAUAAAAAUCCCGUUAAUGUUGACGAUGAAGCUUUGUCAUUGUCCUUGUCCUUGUCCUUGCCCUUGCCCUUCCCCAACACCACCAGCACCAGCACCAGCACCAGCACCACCACCGUCUCCCAUUUCUUCAAUCAGGUCUAGCCGCCGCCGCCGCCGAACAAGGUCCUUGCAACCCAGCAUGGUCAUACAAGACACAUCUACUACCGCGGCCUCCACCGUGUCUGAUGCUGAUGCUGAUGCUGAUACUGAUACUGAUACGCUAUCUGUUCACCGUCGCCUUAUUUUGCUUCGUCAUGCUAAGAGCUCCUGGGAUGACCGUUCACUUCGAGAUCAUGACCGGCCACUGAGUAAAAGUGGAGAGCUUGAUGCUGCCAAAGUCUCUCAAAAGCUCCAACAUUUGGGUUGGAUACCCCAACUUAUUUUGUCUAGUGAUGCAUUGCGAACCAAGGAAACACUUAAAAUAAUGCAGCAACAAGUACCAGACUUUUUGGAUGCAGAGGUUCAUUUCAUUUCAAGUUUCUAUUCUAUUGCAGCUAUGGAUGGUCAGACUGCCGACCAUCUUCAGCAAGCUAUCUGCAAUUACUCAAGGGAUGACAUUCUUACUGUCAUGUGCAUGGGGCAUAAUAAGGGGUGGGAGGAGGCUGCCUCUAUGUUCUCUGGUGCCUCCGUAGAGCUAAAUACAUGCAAUGCUGCUUUGCUUGAAGCUGCUGGGAAAUCCUGGGCAGAGGCAUUUGCUUCCGCGGGACUUGGUGGGUGGAAGCUUCAGGACAUUGUAAAACCAAGUGAUAGCCCAAAACUUUGACAUUCAACCCUCCUCUCCAAAAAGAAACAAGAUCCUGUCUUUGGGUUCGUGAUGAUAAAAAAAUCUACUCCUUAUGGGCCGAACCAAAUAUGCCCUCCUCUUUUAAUUAUUCAUGAUCUUUGGUGCAGUUUGAGAAGACAAUAUCAUCCUCCGACCCAAGAAACCUUCUACAAUACCGUGGAAAGAUGUAAAGCAAUGAUGUGUCACUGGAGAUGUGUAAGGAUUUCUGUUGAUCUGAUGUGUGUCCAUCUCUGUAUUGUAUAAUGUUGUUUUUUAAAUGACAGAUCAGAUGUCGACUGUAUUCGUAUAUAAUGCUAAUCUGAUUCUUACUACA